UCGCAGCCUCUGGGGAUGUGCUUACUCACCGCGGUGGAGCAAGCAGAGCGAUGGCGUGUUAGUUACAGGUUGUGUUUAGUACCGGUUUUGCUGUUUUUGGGGUUUUUUUUUGUUUUUUUUUACUUUUUUUCCCCCCCUCAAGUAAAGAAAGCUACGCUGUCUUCGCAUAGCGACGGGCAAGCCGCAGAGAAGACGGUCGAGGGAGUUGCACAAGUUUAUUCUGUGAUGACAGUCCGAGCUGGUACAGUUGCUAGGCAUGUGUGAGUGACGGUGGUUCCUGUUCACUGCGUGGACUCACGGCCCAAAACAGUGUGGUGGGCAGCGCAGGCACCGCUGCCGCCCCCGGCUCGUAAGGGACCUUGCGCAGCGCGAGGUGGAAAGAUGCAGUCUGCUCUGCCCUCAGCUGCCACGUUCUAUGGACAAGCAGGGUGCAAGAAGCUCAGUGUGGGACCCCUAAAAAGGACCGUGACAUAGAGUUUUGCUAUAGUUUUUCAUAACUGCGUGAAGCUAUAAAUCUAACGGAUGCCUGUGCCGCCGCCGCCACCACCACCACCUCCUCCUCCGCCACCGCCUCCACCACCUUCUGGAGGGCCCCCUCCACCACCAUCUCUGACAAGUUCAGAACUACCAAAAUUGCAAAAGGAAGACCAAAAAGCACGAAAUGCGCUGUUAGCUGAUAUCCAGCAAGGGACUCGCUUAAGAAAAGUGACUCAAAUCAAUGACCGAAGUGCACCACAGAUUGAAAAACCCAAAGGAACUAACAGAGAUGGAGUUAAUUCAGCCAUUAACCAAAGCGGUUCUCGGCAGCCUCUGGGGGGCUUAUUUGCUGGUGGCUUUCCUGUUCUCAGACCAGCAGGCCAGAGAGACAUGCCAGCUGGGAGGUUUGGACAGCUUCCUGGGGUCCGAGCAGCACUUCCCAAGACUUCAGUCCCACCAAACAGCACAGCAAAGGCAGGCAAUAACCCUGCGCACCUGCCCGAUGGUCCAAAGGCAGCUGCCCUGCCAGAGCCGCCCAGCCCCGCGCGCCCCGGCCCGGCCCGGCCCAGCCUGCCUGCCCCUCCUCCACCACCUCCUACUGCCAGCAACUCUUCCCUCACUUUCCCUCCUCCGCCACCUCUUCCCCCUCCAGUGGAAAGGCCUUCCAAGGGGAUAGCGCCCAGCCCCGCUCCUCCGCCCCCCCUCCCUCCUCCUCAGGCUGACAAACCUACCAAGUUGCAAGCAUCCGCUGCACACCCACCCCCGCCACCUCCUCCCUUGCCCCCCGUGCCCCCCUGUGGAUUUCCAGGCAGGACAACUGACUUCUCUGCUGCUCCUUCCUCUCUACCUGAAAUAAGGGAUUAUCCACUGCCCACCCCGCCCCCACUGCCGUCCCCUCUGCCCACCGCAUAUUUCCAAUCCACAAACAGGCUCUCCUUCCCACCGUCCCCGGCCUUUAACAAUGCUAUGAGCAGUGGUGACACACCUCCUCCGCUGCCUCCCAAGUCUCCGCACUUGCUGUCACACUUGCAUAAGCCUAAUAUUCAGUCGCUCCCUCUUCCUCCCACCCCUACCAUCCCCCAGCCAGCGGUGGUGGUGGAGACCAGGAAGAAGAGACCAGGCAGAGGCGCAGGAACUGGUGCUGGGAAGCUAACGACCCCUCCACAGCCACCCGCAAGAUCACCAACAACUGAACUUUCAAGCAAGUCUGGCGUCUCAGCCUGGGCAACAGUUCAUGACCCUUAUCCACCUCUUAAAAAUGGAAAUAUGAAUAUCAUUGAUGACUUUGAAUCUAAAUUUACCUUCCAUUCUGUGGAAGAUUUCCCCCCACCUGAUGAAUUCAAGCAAUUUCGGAAAAUUUAUCCCAGCAAGAUAGCUAGAGAUCCCUCUAAAAAUCCUCCGUUAAGAACACAUGUGAGAUGAGAAGAGUCUUCUGAUGCUCUCUGGAUUGGUAUUAAAAAUGGAGAACAUCAAGAUGAUAGAUGAAACAGAAGGGGGUCCCCUUUACAAUGAUAGAGAUCAUAUUUGAGUCGCAAGUGCUGCAAUGUUAACGUUUCUGUAAACUGGAAGAGAAAUUUAAAUGACACUUUCUGAACUAGCCUGUGCACCACAGGAAUGUUAGCACAUGCUUUUAAAUUCUUGCAUAUACGUGGAUAUUUUUUAAGCAAAGCAUCCUAAGCUUUAAAUUCUUUGUAGUAUUCAAGCAAUUCUCAUUUUAGUCAUGGCUGACAGAUGAUACCUCAAGCAUACUUUUUUGCAUUAAAUAGCUGUAGUUCAUUUUUUCCCCCUCCAUCAUCAUUUUUUAUUUUGAAAAUCUUCCAGUUAUUUUUCAGAUACUUUUCAAUGAACUAUCAGAAACUAAUGUGAUAUGCUUAGUCUCUUUGUAUAUUUCUUCGCUUCUUGUAUUCUGCCUAUCCUCAAAUUGCAGCAGAAUGGCACCUUCAUGAACAGAUGGGCCCACAAUCCAUUUCUCACCAAGCACGAAGAGGAAGGAGAUGACGAUGGGUUGCAGCUGCUCUUGAGCCUACCUCCUAUUGAUCACACAGCCUUAGAGGAUGGUGAACAUGUCUGAAGAAGCCCAGCUAGGCUGAGUGGUUGUGGAAUCGACAAAGACAACAGAAUUUUUCCAAACUGAAUGAAGAGGAAGUUCUUCUACUGAAAGCAAAAAAAGGGGGGGGGGUGGGGGAGUGUGAAUACAUACACAUGCCAUGAAGUGUGUAUAGAAGGGCAUGCGUCUUUUGCUUCUGGCAAGGUGGAUAGUAACUGUGAAUGUGACAAGUUGUCUUUACCCAACAAGGAGAAAAAGGCCUUUGGAGCCUGUCUAAGAAGCCCAACACCUACAUUUUAGAAAAGCAAGUGAAGCUACUAUUUUUCACUCAUAUUGAGCAGCAAUAAGGAUUCCUUGUCAAAAACAACACAUGGAACAAGCAAUCCACUAAGUGGUUUUUUUCUUUGAAUAGAGUUGGUUGAGAAAAUAACAGCCUAGCAGGGAACAAGAUUUGAGCUUCCACUUUUAAUGAGUAGCUGGAGGUGAGGUCUUUAGAUCAGCAGUGUUCAGAACUGGACGUAAGGUUUGUUGUUUUGCUGUUUCUAGCAAAAUAUUCCCUUAUAGUUUUCCUGGGUAGUUCAGAGUGUGACUAGUUCACCAGCUUGAAUAAUGGCACUGCUGUUUCAGGAUAAGCCUGAUAUUACAGUCAGGCUAUUUAAGGUUCAGAUACUAUUUACAUAAUUUAAAUCCCUCUCAGCAGCAGCUGUAAUAAACAUAGGUGACAGGUAAAGAUCCUUCCCCAUUGCCGUAUCUUUGAGCAGCAGUAUUUGGAAGAGACAGGUAACCGCAGCCUUACAUCUCUGCUUUUGUCUUAGUCCUUGCAACAGCUCCGCUAUGCUGUGACUCCUGCACCUACAUGCAUGCUCAUGGUGUGGUCAUGGUGUAAGGGUAAAAAGCAUUUGAAGCUCUUCCACUUAUAAGACGCUAAAGUGUCAUUAAUCUUUUUCUAGUCUAUCAUGAUACCUCGCUGUUCUUCACGUGAAAAGAAAAAAGAAAGUAGUGAUGCUUUGACCAGUACUUUCUUCCACCUGUAUUAUAGUUACUUGAUCAGUAUGCAUGAAAUAUGGUAAUAAGCAGGGGUCAGCACAUACAUUGCUUCUCUUAAAUAACUGCAAAAGUUUAAUAUUGCAUCGAAGAACUUUGUUACAGUACUAAUAGAAGUGACUUAUUGCUGGUUCUCAUCUGUAUUUGGAACUUGUAUACAGCUGUGUAAUAACUACCUUUGUAAGGACUUUAAAGCUAUUCAGAUAUCUUCUGGUAGAUGGUCUGAACAUUAAAGGAAGAAAAACUUUAAUCCUGUUUUUAUUAUGAUAAGAGGUAUUUUAGAAGCGAACAUCAUCUUUUAGAGAUUAAACUGGAAAGCCUGUGCACAUUUGCAAAUGUUAAAAAUGCUUAUGUAAUAUUACUGAAGUGUUAUUUAAUACAUACUGGAUCCCCCUUGUUGAGGAUCCGUUGAAACUUCAGAAGCUGCUAGUACCUGGAUGUACAGGGACUCACACUGGCUGUAACCCAGUGGGAGUUAGUCCCACUGUUACCCAACACGCUUGUGCUGUUCUGAGCCACAGCUGUGCUCAAGUUAAGACCAGAGGAAGUUUCAAGCCAGGGGGGUGCUCUGGUUUUCUCAGACUUGUCGGACUAGUGAUUGCACUCAGGCAUGUUGCUAUAGCCCACUCUUUAUUAUUAUUUUUUUUUUAAAUGCACUAUACAACUGAAGCAAAAGCAACAUACUGCUAGAAACUUACUGCCUGGAUCACUGUGCCAAAAUAAAUUUUAGUUUUGUCAUAUGAACAGUUCCCAAUAAGGACAAAUUCGCACAAGCUGAUUGCAGAUGUUUGUGUUUCUUCUCUUAAGAAGCAGGCAAAUAAGAUCUAUAACGUUGGUAGCUGGAACACCCUCCUAAUGCAUCUUGCCAGGUUGGAAGGCUUGAAUUGUGCAGAAGAACAGUGUGAAAUAACGUAUCCUAAUCUCUGUCCUCUGGCUGGGACAAUCAUUUUGUCCGUGUUCUCUCCUUGUUCACAAAUACCGAGCUACUCCUACCAGGACGCUGAGCUCUCAGGAAGCCACAGCUAUAGAGGCAGCUGUAAAGUUCAACUUGCCAUGUGUUAAAUAAACUCUCAUUAGGACUAUUUGCAUUAAAAGCACCCUUUCAUUCCACAAGUGGAUCUCCUGGGAAAUCCAUACACUUAAUUGUGGACAGGUAGCAAAGCACACUGCUCUUUCAGCAGACUUCAUCACCCUCUUAAAUGGAGCGUACUCCUUGCAGUCACUAUUCUGGUCAGAAAGAGAGAAGUUAAGCUUUAGGGUUUAUUUGCCUAUUUUCUCAUUCCUUUGUCUCCAGUUUCAGGAUACCUACGCAUAAAAGCUGAAAUGAGUAAGAUCUGGCCAGCUACAGUAGAGAGCAUAGGAGGGGCACCUUGUGUGAGAAGGUAAUUAGGCAGGCCAUCAGAAAAAAAAAAAACACAACUUCAUGUUUACUUUCUGCAAGUUAAACAGGCUCAAUACUUUCUUUUCCAAUUGUCAGUAUUGUCAUAUAAGGCAAUACUGAAAUAAUGAGUCUGAACAGAACAACUUCAUAAAGAAGUGUUUGAGAAUUCAGUGUGACAAUACCACAGUGCCUGUAUUUCCCUAAUGUACAACUCCCUCACAGUUUCAAGUUGAGGUGUUGUUGCCUUCUAGAGGAACUUUUACCUCCUUAAAAGUCUGUGGUUUGUCACCAUCCCCUUUCCUGAACAAGGAUGGAUUGGAACUCCAUAUGCUAAUUUCUACCUAUUAAAAACAUUGACUUCUUGCCUGUUCCUCCUCCCAUUAAAAAAAGAAUAGGGCACAGGACCGAGUGUUUCUCAGCUUCGUUCUUAAAGUAUUUGCCCAUCUCACUUCUGGAAGAGAAAACACACAAAAAUCAAGUCCAUCUGUCAAGGAAGGUAAGCAUGCUGCAGAAUUGCACUUGAGAUAAGGAAGUAAAGACAGACAGCCAAUCCUAAACUUAACCAGCUGGAUUGCCACAUUCAUCAUUAAUUCACCAGCACUUAAUGUACUCCUCAGCCAUGUAUGCUUCCCACUGAGAUCACCAGGAAUUGCUGAGCAGUACAAAGACAGAAACAGGGACAGUAGUCAUAGUCAGGUGCUGACCAAUGCCCAGCAUCUAUUCCCUCAAAAAUGUUCCAGAGUUGUAGCUCGUAUAUAAAUAGUACGUUAUUAAUUGUUCCUUAAGAGUCAUUUGGUUAUACGUGGUUGCCUUAGCUGUCCAGAAUGGCUCUGCCUGCCAUACCCAGCACUGGAGCAGUAGCCAGCUGUGUUACAAACACGCAAGCUACUUCCUCAAGUUGGGAGCAGGUAAAGGAAGUUGGGAGCAGGUAAAGGCAAAACUUCACCCAGAGGACCUAAAUCUGGUCAUUUCUACAGGCAUGAUGUCAGACGCAGAGUCAC